ACAAUUCUCUAAGCCCCAUUCUAAGCAAUUAAAAUGCCUCCAAAUCCUCCAAAGUCAUCCGUCUUACUCCACAGGAUCAACGGCAGCGGAACCACCCAGGCGGUGCCCACAGAUAACUCCAUCAUGGGUUUCCAGAAGCGGUCACCUUUAACAUGCUCCACGCCGUUGCCUGACAGCGUGGCAAGAUACCAUAUACACCCCGUGGCACCAAACCAAUGCUGCUCCGCCGUGGUGCAGCAGAUCUCGUCCCCGGUGUCCACCGUGUGGUCCGUGGUGCGCCGCUUCGACAAACCCCAGGCGUACAAGCACUUCGUGAAGAGCUGCCACGUCAUCGUCGGGGACGGUGACGUGGGCACCCUCCGUGAGGUCCACGUUAUCUCGGGCCUCCCCGCGGCCAGGAGCACGGAGCGCCUUGAGAUCUUGGACGACGAGCGCCACGUCCUUAGCUUCAGCAUGGUAGGCGGAGACCACCGACUGGCGAACUACCGGUCGGUGACGACACUCCACCCUACACCUGCAGAUAACGGAACGACGGUGGUGGAGUCCUACGUGGUGGACGUGCCACCUGGCAACACAAAGGAGGACACGUGUGUGUUCGUGGACACAAUUGUCCGGUGCAACCUCCAGUCCCUGGGUCAGACCGCCGAGAAUCUCGACAGACGCAGCAACAAACCAUCCUCGUGAGUUUAACUCUACAAAAUUCUAGAUUCUCUGUAUUUCUCCCUGUCUAUGAUGAAACACUGUCGUUUUGUGAGUAUUCGAUGGCAGUUCUUGUGCUAUCCUAGAUUUCCCUACUUUUUUUUUUCUUUUUUUCUUUUUUGAGAAUUUCAUUUCUUGUAAAAUACUCUUAAUUAGUAUCAAAAUAUAAUAUAAAACAUUACUUCGAUU